CGGACUCCCCUGGAAAUGCAGUAAGGAUUCGUAUCACAUCUCAGUUGCCAUGGCAACAGCAGUCUUUCCCAUAAUGAGCUGCAUCAUCUGAACUGAUGUCACAGCAUCAUGCAGCAGGUCACACAAGGCACCUCCUAGUAUUGCAUCUUACAGAUGUGCCGUAAACAUCAAAAGAGGAUGAUUUGAACAGGACAUGCUAUUUUUGAAAGAAGUACGGUUUAGACUCCCAGAUGUUAGCCAUGGACGUAGCGCUUUCUCCCAUGAGAACGCCAGACCUGGACCCGAUGCCCUCUGAUGCCUCUCCCAUGCUCAUCAACAUGACUCCCACAGUGGAACAAGAAGGGGAAGGGGAUGUCAUGAAGGACCUUGAUCCAGGCCAGCAGUAUGAAAAGCCUCCUCCUCUACACACCGGGGCUGACUGGAAGAUUGUUCUCCACUUGCCAGAAAUUGAGACCUGGCUCCGGAUGACGUCGGAAAGAGUCCGGGACCUGACCUACUCUGUCCAGCAGGACUCAGAGAACAAGCACGUGGAUGUGCACCUGGUACAGCUGAAGGAUAUUUGUGAAGAUAUAUCUGAUCAUGUUGAACAAAUUCACGCUCUACUAGAGACUGAGUUUUCCCUGAAGCUUCUGUCUUAUUCUGUCAAUGUGAUAGUCGAUAUCCAUACAGUGCAACUCCUCUGGCACCAGCUACGUGUUUCUGUCCUGGUUCUGAGAGAACGCAUUCUCCAGGGGCUACAAGACGCCAAUGGAAACUACACCAGGCAGACUGAUAUUCUGCAAGCAUUUUCUGAAGAGACUAAGGAGGAUCGUCUUGACUCUUUAACUGAAGUUGAUGAUUCUGGACAGUUAACCAUCAAAUGUUCUCAAAAUUACUUGUCCCUGGAUUGUGGAAUUACUGCAUUUGAACUAUCUGACUACAGUCCUAGUGAGGAUUUGCUUGGUGCUCUGGAUGAUAUGACCUCCAGUCAAGGGAAAGCAAAAUCAUUUGAAUCCUGGAACUACAGUGAAAUGGAUAAGGAAUUUCCAGGACUUAUCAGAAGUGUGGGUUUACUUGCAGUAGCGACAGAUUCCAUUGCUUCGCAGUGUAAUGAAGCAUUGAAGGAGAAAGAAAGUCAUGUACCUGUUUCAGCAGAAGAAGGAGAAGAAAGCAAAGACAAGAAAACAUCACAUGAUCCCUCAAUAGCAUCUUCUUCUGGAAAUUCCUCUCUUUCUAAAGGACCUUUCUCUGAAAAUGGUGUUUUACCUACUGACAGCAAAGAAGUUCCCAUAUCAAAGAAUCCAGAGUGCAAUCUUCCACAGCACACUGGUGAAAAUAUCAAGCACUCUCACUGUGAAAAUUCAACACCUAAGAGGUCCAUAAGAGACUGUUUUAACUAUAAUGAAGACUCUCCUACUCAGCCUACGUUGCCAAAAAGAGGACUAUUUCUGAAAGAUGAUGUGUUUAAAGAUUAUAUGGAAUCCAAUGAUUUAAAAAGGCAAAUCUCUCAAAUAGUUAAAAAUGAAAUGAGUAGAAGUACACCCUCAUUGUUAGAUCCACCAGACAGGUCCAAGCUUUGCCUAGCUUUACAGCCGCCCUAUACCACCAGUCCAUCAGCAGUUAGUCAGUCAUACGAUUGCUUAAAUACAAUAAGUGAUAAAAAUCUUGAAUACACAAUAAAUAAUCACUUUAAAGACAGUCCCAUAAUUCUAGGAAAGUCUAAUUUCUACACCUGUAAAGAAAAAACAAAGCACAAGAAGUCUCUUGAUUCUCCAGAGAAAGUCAAAACUGCCAAAACACCUGGAAGUGCAUGUGAAACAGCUCCAUCAACCCAAGUCAAAAUAAGAGGGUGUUCUUCUCUACAGAAUGGAAUUACUUCUCAUAGCUCUAAGUCUCUGGAGGAGACAGAAACAGAUUCUUCUGCGUCGUCAGAUUCUUGUAACCAGAGAGAUCCAAAUGGGCAAUCACAAGGUAAAACUGAACCCUUCAGUUCACCAACAUGUAGCCAAAAGAGUGCUUCUUCAGCUGGUUCUGAGCUUUCCAACUCAUCCCCUCUUCUGCUGAGAAGAAAGAAAAAUAAAAGCUUAUCCUCAACACCACACUAUACUCAAAAAACCAGUAAAGACAGUGAGGUGUGGUACGGAUCUGAUGAAUAUUUAGCACUUCCUUCACAUCUCAAACAGACUGAAGCAUUAGCUUUAAAACUAGAAAACUUGACAAAGUUGCUGCCCCAAAAGCCCAGAAGAGAAACCAUCCAAAACAUUGAUGACUGGGAGCUGUCAGAAAUGAACUCAGAUUCAGAAAUGUAUCCAACAUACCAGACAAAAAAGCACAAAAAGAGGGGCAGAAUUUCACCAAGUUCUUCGAGUGAUAUAGUAUCCUCCUUAGGUGACAGUAUUGAAUCGGGGCCUCUCAGUGAUAUUCUCUCUGACGAAGAUCUUUCUAUGCCUGUAUCUUGCAUUAAAAAAUACAUUGAAGAAAAGUCAGAAAGGACUGCUGCCACUCAGCCCACUGGGAAUGAGACUUCUUCUUCAAAUAAAUCAGCUUUAAUUCGUCAGCUGAUGCAAGAUAUUCAACAUCAAGAGAAUUAUGAAACCAUAUGGGAAAAAAUUGAGGGGUUUGUAAGCAAGCUGGAUGAAUUCAUUCACUGGUUAAAUGAAGCCAUGGAAACAACAGAGAACUGGACUCCUCCUAAAGCAGAGACAGACAGCCUUAAACUGUACCUGGAGACACACUUGAGUUUUAAGUUGAAUGUAGAUAGCCACUGUGCUUUAAAAGAAGCAGUGGUAGAGGAAGGACGUCAACUUCUUGAGCUUAUUGUAUCUCACAAAUCAGGACUGAAGGACAUGCUGCAGAUGAUUGCAAGUCAAUGGAAGGAACUACAGAGGCAAAUCAAACGGCAACACAGCUGGAUUCUUAGGGCUCUGGAUAUCAUCAAAGCAGAGAUACUGGCUACUGAUGUGUCUGCAGAGAAUGAGGAAGGGACUGGGAGCCCUAAGGCUGAGGUUCAGCUAUGCUAUCUGGAAGCACAAAGAGAUGCUGUUGAACAGAUGUCCUUAAAACUGUACAGUGAGCAGUACAACAGUAGUAGCAAGCGAAAGGAAGAGUUUGCUGAUAUGUCAAAAGUUCACACAGUGGGAAGUAAUGGCCUUUUGGACUUUGAUUCAGAAUACCAGGAGCUCUGGGAUUGGCUGAUUGACAUGGAAUCCAUUGUGAUGGACAGCCAUGACCUGAUGAUGUCAGAGGAGCAGCAGCAGCAUCUUUACAAGAGAUACAAUGUAGAAAUGUCAAUCAGGCACCCAAAAAAGAUGGAACUGCUUAGUAAGGUUGAAGCUCUGAAGAAAAGUGGUGUUUUACUACCAAACGAUCUCCUUGAAAAAGUGGAUUCAAUUAAUGAAAAAUGGGAACUGCUUGGGAAAACCCUAGGAGAGAAGAUCCAAGACACAAUGGUAGGGCACAGUGGGUUAGGUCCACGUGACCUGCUCUCGCCUGAAAGCGGCAGCCUGGUAAGGCAGCUGGAGGUCAGGAUCAAAGAGCUGAAAGGGUGGCUGAGAGAUACAGAGCUUUUCAUCUUCAAUUCCUGUCUGAGACAAGAAAAUGAAGGAACAAUGAAUGCUGAGAAACAACUGCAAUAUUUUAAGUCCCUAUGCUCUGAGAUCAAGCAGAGGCGCCGUGGGGUGGCCUCUGUGCUGCGGUUAUGCCAGCACCUCCUGGAUGAUCAGGAGACCUGCAACCUAAAUGCAGAUCACCAGUCCAUGCAGCUGAUAAUCGUGAACCUUGAGAGAAGGUGGGAAGCCAUUGUCAUGCAAGCUGUCCACUGGCAAACCAGGCUACAGAAGCGAUCAGAAAAAGACUCGGAGCCUCUAAAUGUUAUUGAUCCCAGUUUGAUGGAUCUAAAUGGUCCAAGUGAAGAUGCACUAGAAUGGGAUGAAACUGACAUAAGUAAUAAGCUCAUCAGUAUUCACGAAGACUUAAGUGAUCCUGAUCAGGAGCUCAACAAGGAUGAUCUAAACCAGAAACCUGCUUCAGAAGAAUGUGGUGAUAAUGAUGUGAAUGAAGAUGAAAGUAUCAAUAAUCAUGGAAGUCCUCUUUAUUGCCCCAACAUUACUUCCCCUACAAAUCCUCACAUCUAUCAGGUCUAUAGUCUUCAUAAUAUUGAAUUAUCAGAGAAAAAACAUAUGCCUUUUUUGAAAAAAGCAUCCAGACUCUCCAGUGUAAUGCAGUCUAACAUUUUAAACAAAAGUCUCAGUAAAGACUCAUCAUUUUCAUCUACUAAAUCCCUGCCAGAUCUAAUAGGAGGUACCACACUGGGGAAAUCAUAUAACUGCAUGUAUCAGAGUGGAAACAUAAGCAGGCAUUCUGAGAGUGAGAGUGGGAUAGUGAGUGAAUGUGAUACAGAAACUACAAAUAAUUCGGAAAUUUUUUUGCUGAAUGAUAUUGAAAUCAGUCAGAGUAAUCCUGAAAUUGGGCAUGUGGAAAGCCAAGUGGAUAAUGUAAUACAACCAAACCUAAAGCAAGAUGAAGAAGAUCAUACUAGUCUUUCAGAUGAUUUCCAAUUGGGUCCUUCUGCAUGUUGUGGAAGUGAAAAUGAUGAGGAUUUGGACAGCAUUACUAAAUCUAACCCUGGUUGUCUAGAAGAAUUGCAAGGAAAACAUGAUGUGUUUACAUUUUAUGAUUACUCAUAUCUUCAGGGCUCCAAAUUCAAAUUACCAGUAAUAAUGAAACAAUCACAGAUUGAAAAAACACAUACAGAGGGCAGGUUGUUUCAGGACUUUUGUUUUGACAAAAUAUCUGGUAAAUCUGAACGUAAGUCUGGAGAGUCACAACCAGAUGGAUUUAUUCAUGAUCAUACUCUGGCAAGUAUCUGUGGAGAAUCAGAUCCCAAUUCCUCUAAAUCUGCAGAAACUGUAAGAAAAUUACCUGUUACAGAGAAUACAAGACAGGUUUCAACUUUAUCUCAUAGUUCUUCUUUAGAAUCUCUGUCUGUAGUAGGUGAUUUGUUCAGCUCAGGUAUUUUUAAAAGUGGAGAUGGUCUUCAGCGAAGUGCCUCCUUGGAGAGCUGGCUGACUUCCUACAAAAGCAACGAAGAUCUUUUUAGUCAUCACGGCUCUGGAGACAUAAGUGCAAGCAGUGAUUCUGUUGGAGAGCUCAGUAAAAGGACAUUAGAUCUUUUGAAUCGCUUAGAGAAUAUCCAGAGUCCCUCCGAUCAAAAAAUAAAACGCAGCAUCUCUGAUAUAACACUCCAAAGUAGCUCUCAAAAAAUGUCUUUUACUGGACAGCUGUCUCUGGAUAUUGCAUCUUCAAUCAAUGAAGAUUCAGCAGCUUCUCUCACUGAACUCAGCAGCAGCGAGGAUCUUUCUCUCUGCUCUGAAGACAUUGUACUACACAGAAAUAAAAUACCAGAUUCAAAUGCAUCAUUUAGAAAACAUCUUAAUAGAUCUGUAGCUGAUGAGAGCGAUGUCAAUGUCAGCAUGAUUGUUAAUGUCUCUUGCACUUCUGCUUGUACUGAUGAUGAAGAUGACAGUGAUUUGCUUUCAAGUUCCACCCUUACCUUAACUGAGGAAGAGCUAGGUAUCAAAGAUGAAGAUGACGACUCCAGUAUAGCAACUGAUGAGGAUAUUUAUGAAGAAUGCAAUUUAAUUUCAGGACUUGAUUAUAUAAAAAAUGAGCUCCAAACUUGGAUUAGACCAAAAUUUUCCUUGACAAGGGAGAAAAGAAAAAGUAACCUCAGUGAUGAAAUUCAGCGCAGUAAAGAAGUUAGUAAUGAGACAUCAAAAGCCACAGAUACAUUAAGCAUUGAAACACUAUUGAAUGGUUCAGUACAGAAAAUAUCAGAAAAUAAUGGCAAUAGUAAGAAUAUACCAUGUGAUCGUGAAAAAGGAACAAAGAGUCACCCAAUGAAACACAUCUCUCAGGUUGUGAAGGAUCAGCUUGUGGAUGAUAUGGAGAAUGGCAAUGUCGAAAAUACUCUCAGCAGCCAAAAGGAAGGUCUUGUUAGAGUAGCAGCAACCCCCAAAACCCAUGCAUCACUUGAUGUCAGAGAAGCUGAAAAUGACUGUGGUGUCUGUGAAGCAUUUACAGACAGUUCAGAUGAUUCACACAUGGAUGGCAAGGAGACAGUUCUGUCCUCAGCUGGAUCCAGGAACUCUCCAAGAGAAUGUCAAAGUCAUCUUCAGCCUGAUCAUCACUCUGUCACUUCCUCUCCUGCAAAAAAGCCUUGCCUUGAAUCUUCCUCAGAAAUUAGUUCUGUAGGCAUAGAAGAUACAGCUUUACAGCCAUCCUUACCUAGUGGUCAACAACAUAGAAUAAACAUUACUGAAAAAUUUCCCGAUUGUUGUGCAGCCUUGAAAUCCAGUGAAGCAGAAUGCAACUCAUCAGCCAAUGGUCUUGACUUGUGCUGUAACUGUGAAUCUGCUGAUUUUGAUAAAAAAAACAUGGAAGAUGGCUCAGUACACAAUUUUGUUAGGGAGAUAAUAGACAUGGCAUCAACAGCUUUGAAAAGUAAGUCACAGCCUGAGUGUGAGUCAUCUGGUCCAGCUUCAUUAGCACAGAUCAAGGAAAAAGUGUUAGAACACUCUCACAGACCCAUCCAGCUAAGAAAAGGGGACUUCUAUUCCUAUCUUUCACUUUCUUCUCAUGAUAGUGACUGUGGAGAGGUAAUCAAAUACAUAGAGGAAAAGAGCAGCACUCCUGUGCCACAGGACUUCACAGAUGAGAGAGAAGAUAUUGAAUGCUUCUUUGAAGCCUGUCCAGAGGAAGAACGGGUUGAGCAGCAGCAGCUUGCUGUUUCUAAUGGUUCUUCUGAAGCACAAGUUGAGCAGCAGCAACCUAUUUCUAACACUAUUUCUGAAACAUCUGCAGAGUCACUAGGUGAAAUGACUCCAAAGUCAUUAGAAGUUAAAACUUCCUCUGAAGGUAGGGAUUUAUCUUUCUUAUGUGGGGAAAACAAUGAUAUAAAUAUUCAAGAUACUAGCAAAAAAUGUGCAUCAAGUAAUUUGAAAAAUGCUGAUGAUGAUUUGCUGUUUUCAGAUGGACAAAAUGAAAGGUUGGAAAAGAAUUCUCCAGACGUUAACAUCAAAAAGAGUAGUGCAGGAAAAUCACCUGGAGCAGAAGAGAAAAAAGGAUGUGUUGCUGCUUCUGAAGAGGCUUCAGCUACAGAGUUUCAGAUAAAGCCUGGCCAUUCACAGAAAAAGGAUGGUUUGCAUCAGAACAGAAAAACUCUUAUUUGUGAAGAAAAUCUCCUGAAACUUCAUAAGGAAAGACAUAUAAAUAUGCACAGAUAGAAUGUAACCCUCUCCAGGCACAUAGAUUAUUCUAAAAACAGGUAUGUACUCUACAAGUUGCACUUUUUUUUUACUAUUUUUUUUUUAACUUUUUUUUUACAACAUUUUUUUUUGUACAAUGAAAGGAGGUGAAUCGUCAGCCAGGGCUUCUGUUUCAUGAUAGUGCUAUAUAAUUUGUUUCAGUUACACUAUAAUCCCAGUUUACAUGCCACUAGCCAACAAAUACAGUGAAUACUAAUUGCUUUUUGCCCUUUGGCUUUGCACUGAUUGGAGCUGCUCCCUUCUGGAACAAGUCUGCUAUCUUGCAGAACCUGGGAAUUCUUCAAACAUAUUACAUCAGCCUCCUUUCCCUCCUCAGCUGAGGGACCCAGAAAACAUCUCUGCUCAUUGAUGCCUUUCUCUGCAGUCAGCUGGUCUUAGAAGGGGUUCAAAAGCACUUGAUAAAGCUGAACUUCCAGCUCUACAAGAACCAGUGUGUUUAACUAGUGAGAUGGAGUUCUACAAUGUUUCUAGACAAACCAUAAAGAAUGGCUAAGCAGACUGGAGAAUAGAGUGAUAAUAAGUCAUCUCCUGAUGUCAGUUUACCAUGACUUUAAUUCAGGAAGCCAUUAUUAGGAACAAAAUUAUUACAACAUAGCAUUAGGCCAAAAGCUGAGGUUUCCAAAACAACAGAUCUUUACAACAUCAUGAAAGUAAAUAAUAUGAGGGUAAUGGAGAUGGAAACUGAUAGUCACCCAGCAGUAUUUCAUUUUUAUUUUUUGGUAAGCAUUUUGAAACGUGAAUAUGAUGGUCAAACCUAAGGUAACAGGUGGUCCUAUCUCUACCAAUGUUUGAAAGUGCUUCAGAUCUGGAAUUUCUGACCUCACAUAAAUGUGGAACAAUUUAAUAACAGAAGAGGAUCUACAAAGCAACUUUUGGAUCAGUUCCUAGCCUGCAGCACUGCUGAUUUCAGUCUCACUAGUUUGGUGACCCAAAAGCCAGCACAGCUCUAUCAAAUGCCAUUAUUCUUUGGAAACACUCCUCCAGCAGACCACAGACAGAGCAGCAACUCCAAAUGCCAAUCCAAUUCCAAAUGCUGCUGUUUGCCAGAAGCUGUAGCAAGGGAAUUUCCAAUAAAACACAAGGCUAAGCCUGGGACAGGUUUCCUUGAGAAGUUCUCGAAUCUCUAUCUGUGGAGAUUUUCAAAAUUCAAGUGGAUGUGGCCCUGAAUAAUCUUUUCUACCAUUGAAAACAGCCUUCCUUUUAAAAGGAGGUUGAACCAGUUAAUGUUCAAGUUUCCUUCCAACCUAAGUUAUGUUGCAAUUCAAUGGUAUUGCCAGGAGAAAAGGCUGUAAUUCAUUACUGCCCAUGGAAAACUUUAGUACUCUCCUAUGGCAAACUAUGCACCUGUAGCAAAGGAUCUCAUUUGAUUUAAACAAAAUAAAUUUCUUUGCUGCUCUUAGAGAUCUAACUUCCUCAUUUUAGAUUUUGUUAUAUUUCUAAGCUUUGGGUUUUCCAUUUAUUGGUGGUUUGCCUAGCAUUCCCACAUUCACAUAUAUAUCUAGCAAAGCCUUUAAGUUGUUGCAGCAGUAGUCUACAGCUUGCUGCUAUCUCAACACAUCUCUAUUUGACUAAUGUGUCAUCUUGGAAACAUCAUAGCAAAAAGAAUAUUUCUGGAAUAUUUCUGGCUUUGAAAUAGGCUAUCAUGACCUGCUGAUUGCCUGCUAGGUUACUACUUGGACACAUCCAAAAAACUGGAGAAUGAAAAUCAACUAUGAAUUACAAAACUCAUAGAUGUUUUUAUGUAUUUUAGAAUUAAAUUAAAUUGAUUAUGUGUAUAUAGAAAUCUCCAUUUGGAUAUUGACAUGACAACAAAGUCUGAGACUGUUAACUGAAACUGAUGUAAACAUAAGCUUUCCAAGUUAUUGUUUUACUACUUUUCUUAUUUUUCACUCAUUUUUAUAGUAUUAUUUUGAGGAAGAGUACUCGCUGUAGUGAGUGCGAUUUUAUCCUUGUUCUCAUUCUUUCCCUGAUGAAGAUAAUGACAUGUCUUUUCAAUUUAUUAGUACUUUUGCUCUGAGGAUCUCAAAAUACUGCAUAAACUUACCUCACUCUUCAGAACUUUAUAGUUACUUCCAUGGUAGCCAGGUUUUUUUUUCUUUAAGACUGGAAAUGAAAAUAUGCAGUUUGUGUGACAUCUAAGAUUGGACAUAGAGGAUAAAUAAAUGCCCCAUGAUGCAAUAAAAUAUAAUGCAGAAUCUUCAUGCAACAGCUUAAUAGGGUUAUGUUAUAGCUUCCACUUUUGCCUAUGGGCUGACAAAUUAUUUUAGGAGAACAAAGCCCUUCACACACUACAUUCCCACUUUUUAUAUGUAGGAAGAUACACUGGUUCUUAACUUGUACACAUAGCAUUACCUCCAUGGAAACUAUGUACUGUAUUAUUCCCAGUAGUAAAGUUCUAGAAUACGUCCAGUUUAUCUCUGACAUACCAAAAAUGAAAAUAUGAGCUGCUAGGUUUGGUUUCACUAAAGUCUGAGCUCCCUUCCCCCAUUCACAAGCUUGAUGCUUUAACUUCAUCUCUCAUGCUAUGGGGAAUGAAUUACAGAAGCAAUCUAUCCUAAUUUGUUAACUUAUUCAAAUAACAGUUAUUAUACUUAACUAUGCUAAAGAUUAUCUUUUUGGUGGCAGAUUGUUUAUUUUUUGAUGAGGCUAAUUACUGAUUUUCCAAAGGUAAUUUACAUUUAUUACUAAUACAUCUUUUAAAAUGUGACAGAUAAAUGUUGUUCCCAUAAGUGUAUUAUGAAAAAAGUUACUAUUUAAAAACACAUUAUUUAAUUUGAAGGAUAAAUGGCAAACACCAUUAUUUUUCCUGAAGCACCUGUGCUGUAAGCUCAUUUAAAUGUGUAAUUCCAUGUGUAGCUGCAAUACUUAGAAAAAAAAUCUAUACUAUAUGUGUACCUUAAAAGCCUACUGAGAAUUCAAAGCUGAAAAAUGCAUGGUUUCAAAUGUAGGUUGAUUUUGUACUGUUUUAGUAUUUACCUUGGCUGUACAAGAGAAUAAAACUAAUAGUGAAUAAAUAUUUUUGUCAAAAGUUGCAAUCCUGUUGUUUAACAGUGUGCUACAAAAAACCAAAACCAAACCAACAACAAAAAACAAACAAGCAAGCAAAAACCUACAACAAAACCAAAACCAAAAUAAAAAGACCAUUGUGGGAAAAUGAUAACAAUUCUAUGGGCAGGCUAAAAAAUAUCUCUGCCAGCACUGACUAGUGUUUCAGAUGAGCCACACGCAGUUCUUCAACAGAGGUGCUCCUAAAGCUGUGCUGAUUUUAUUUCCCAGUUAGGGGUCACCUUGAAAGAUCUAUCUGUACAUGAGAUCAUGCAAUCUUCUGCUGUCCCUGUGACCCAUGACUCACCAAUGGGAUGGGAACUUCGAGUUACAAAUUCAAUAUGCAUAGAGAUCAAUACAUUCUGGACAUUUAUGUGUUCUAUCCAAAGUCUUUUCUAGAGGAUGCCUUAGAAUUCAGUGUGUAAUUUGUUAGCUCUUACAAGUAAACCCAAAAGCUAUUUCCUUACUUCUGUAUUUUAAAUUUAAGUUUUAACUUAAUUUAAGGGAAAAGUAAUUUACUUGCACUUAAGAAAACUAAAUUGAUUUUAUCUGACAGUGCUGCAAUAUUAGAUAGAAUAUUCUGCCACUUACUAUCACCAGGAGAAACCCAGCACUGGUGCUCAAAGCGCCUGACUGUUAUUUCCUGCUCAGCAAUAGAUAUUUUGUAUGACUUUUUCCUUCUUUGUCUCUGUUUUUUUAGCAACAAAACAAUGAGAAUAAUGAUCGCUGGCACCUAUGAAGGAUAGCUUAUUUAUGUAAAAGUAUUUUGAGAUCCACAGAUAAAUGAGGGUACAUAAAUGCAAAGGACUGUUAGUUAUUUAUUUACUACAGGAGAACAAAAAAAUAUGAGUUUACAUAAUAGUUAGUAUAUAGUAAUUUACUUUUAGAGACUGGAACUACAAUAAUAAUUGAAAUCUUUGCUUAUCUUCUUUUUUUUUUUUUCCUAGAGAUUUUUAUAGGGAAGUAAAUAUAAAGUUUCUUUAUAGAGUUUAAGGCAGUCUGACUUUUCAGCUCCUUACAGUACCUGACUUUAAAAAAAGAUAAAUAAACAGAGAAUCUUGUAUUUAAAUCUAUGAAUUACAUCAUUUUUGAAAAAUUUGAUCCAUCAGUGAGGCCUUUCUUACUCAUGCCAGAAUUGUAGAAAUCUUUUGAUACAAUCUUCCACUUUAUUCAGAUCAGUUCUUCAUUAAUAGUUAAACAGAUGGUUGAGCUUUUCGCUAUUUUCAAGUAAGAGUAUUUUGUGUAUAAAUGGGGAGGGAUGUUACAGGAAAACAGUUACAGGAAAGAUCAAAGGAGAUGGUAACUGGGUAGAUCCAGAUAUUCCUGCUUAACUUGGAAGGCACAUAAUGCAUGUCUGGAGUGCCUCCUAGGAAAUGCCUAUGAGAUGUACUUUGCACUAAUCUUUGAGCUGUAUUCUGACAGUUAUUUCUUCAUAAUUCUCAUCAUAAGCUCAUGCUCUUUGCUGAAUAGUUUAACCCUAAACUCUGAGCUGGAUAAUUCUAUAGUAGGCAAAUUUAACUCAUUGCUGGUACUAGAAGUGUCUAAAUAGUUAUUUACAAUUUAAAAAUGCAGUGAUGAUACUGACAAUUCUAUUCACAGACCACUUCUGUGACAAUCUUCUUCUCCAUUGAAGUUUCACUAUGUAUGUUUGCACAAAUACUAAAAAAUUGGUGGAUAGAUCUUUUUGUUGCUUGAGUGUUGAAAAUUUCCAUGUUUUCAUUGGUUGGUGCACUUCUGUGUGCUGAAGGUAAGUUCACAGGCACAGAUGAGGACAAGAUCCAGGGAAAAGGUCCAAUGUGAUGAAUACCAUUGUUUCUUUAGAAGCAAAGUCUUUAUGAAAAUCAGUGACUUUUCUACAUCAAUUCAUUUUUGUACACUAACUUGUACCUCAGGCUGUUAAAAUUCAUUUUCUGCCUACUGUAUGCUUCUGCAUUAAAGGCUCUGGCAUGUGACCAUUUAAUGGCUAAAUGGCAUUAUUGUUCUGGAAGACCUAUGUUUGGCAAAUAAAACUUCAUUUUCUGUAACCUUCUAUUACUUUUCUGUUUCCUUUUAGAAACUUGGCUGCAAUUCAGGUGCAGGUUCAUCCUGUAAACCCUGGGAUGACCUCCAAUUCCAUUGUAUCACUGCCCUUCAUUAAACUGACUCCCAAGAUAAAUUUUUUUUCCAAAUGUGGUUUGUCCAUGUUGGCUUUGUGGUUGGGCUGCAUAAGCUAGUCCUAUUUUAGUGAUCAUUUUGUUUUGUAGCAAGGCCAUUUGCUUUCAUAUGGAUUCCUCUCCCAAGCUACCUCUAAUGACCUCCCCUUCCUAAAUUGGAUGCUCCUGUUCUACUUACCACUGGUCUGUUCUUUAAAGUUCUAUAGAAUUCACGAUCAGUCUGGUUCAUCUUUUCAGAAUUGUACCUGUCAGUACUCUUCUAUUUUAUGUAACAAAUUUAAUAUUUAUCUGUAUAAUGCAUAAGUUUAUUGAAACUAUUUUGCUUUUAAAGUGACUAUUUUGUUGGAUUGCAGCAAAAAGAAGUCAUUGGUCCUCCUGAUUCAAUACAUCUAAAAAUUAAGCAAUUUAAAUAAAUGGCAUUUUAUUUAUUUAAUUUAAAAAAUUAAUCUAUGCAACACUUCAAGAAACAACUACAUAGUGUUGUAUAUUAGAAACUGUUGACAUUCUACUGAAUUAAGUAUAACAUUUUGGGUUUUUAUGCUUCUUGAGGUGGUAAUGAGAAAAAAAGUUUUUAAAAAAUGUGUGCCUUGCUGUAUUUCUUAUACCAUUUAUUAAAAAGCUGCUUUCACAGUAAAAUUAUGUUGAUUUGAAAGGAGGAAAUAGCAAGGUUAAGAUGUGUGAAUAAUUUCUGUAUAUAUGUAUAACCAACUGCAAACAUUGAUGUAUAAUGACAGUAUAAAAUGCUUUCAUGUUUGUGAUGUCCAGUGAUGUGGAAAUUAUAAGCCUUAAAACCAUUAGAUUGCAUGGUAAUUAGAAUUGGCACAAUAAACAUAGUUUAUUGAGGAAAAAAAA